AUGGCAACUCUCACAGCCAUUAGCUUUUUCUCUCAUCCUCAGAUUGCCACUUUUCUCGAAAAUGGACUAGAUGAUGGUGCCAAGAAAGUACUGAAAGAAAAGAAAAACGAUAAUGCUUUUUCCACGCAAACACCGAUUGAAGUCCUGGAUCAUGCUCUACGUGGCGGCAAUGCCUCUUCGGAGUCUAUUUAUCUCUUCCAGUUCCUAAAAAGUCUAUGUGCCUACUGCAUUGAUGCUGCUGAUGUUGCUGACCCGGACCUGGGUGGCUUAGGUACCCUGAACGACCGGCUGGUUGAGUUGUUAUUUCCUCGGUACAAUUUAGACACCCUUGUAAACUUGAAAGACAAUGCAGCGGCUGCAGCUCCGACUGGGGCACUACUCGAGGAGACACCUAAUCUACCACCGAAAGAGCUCACAGCUGCUGUACUAGACCGUUUGCGUGGCGAUGUGUUCAAUAGAGAGCCUUUGCGAACCAUCAAUCGUCUUGUAGCACAGGGAAAAUUUGAGACAUCUAUCCCCGUCUCGAUUGCUGCUGGAGUUCAGGCUAUCCUGUCGACUAUGACGGAGGAGGCUGUCAAUAUCGGCAGUCCAGAUCUCCUUGCUCGAGCAGCCACUCGCAUCACCACCUUCACCAAGGGCCAGGAUGUAAAAAAAGGGUUACCAGAAGCUUCAGAAGUUGUUCAGUCUCUGAAAGGCCUCGCUCGUAUGACCGAAGACCCAGAAGAUAUUCCCAUCAUAUAUGGCCGGCGAUAUCGUACCAUUCGGCAAGUCACUGAAGCCGACAAGGAGAACUGGAUUAUGCAAAUGGUAAAGUAUAAAAUGAAGAAAGAGAAUGCUCUGAAAGCAUAUGAUUGUGCGGAGCGUAUUGAAUGCUGGAACGAAAACCUCUGGCUCAGUCUUAUGCACUCACGAAGAGCCAAGUAUACGAACAUUGCGGCUCGCGAGAUCCAGCAGAUGGAGCAGGACGAAGAGGACGACGAAAUAUCUGUGACAGCUCAAAGCAAUCUCACAGAUAUUUUCAAACUUGAAGACUUGGCCUGUGAAACGUGUUGCUCUGUAACUAGCUUGUCCGCGUACUAUGCAGAUUUGCUCAGUUUGUUGCGCUCCACAGUUCAUGGAUCUACUGAUCUGCUGGAGAGUCUUCGACUACGAAGACCCGACCUAACCAAGUUGCAACUGACCUGUGCAAACGCACAAACCCUGAUACCUUAUGUCAGUCUCGUCAACGAGGUUUUGGAGUCAUUUAUAGCGUUCAACACCACCGCUGGCUACCGCUACGACAGUGUUCUGGCUUUCAACACCCCUGACAAUGGUGGUCACAACCACUCAGAUGCUGCAGUGUACCGUCCAGGGAACACUAAUGCCAAGGUGUAUGAGGAAAUUUCUAAGCAAAUGUUUCCCUUCUCCGACUUUCCAUAUAAUCAGGCUCGAGAUGCAGUGGCUCAAUACUUUACCACAUUCCGCGUGACCAUGCUGGAGCUCAUCACUACGUUCCAAGCGACAGAGCUGGUUUUGCGUGAUAUUCCAGCCUCAAUUCUAACCUCCUCGGGUGAAGAGGCUGAGAAAAGACGCUUACGCAUUGAGUCGGGCGUGUGCGAAGUUAUGGAGCGGCAUCGUGCGGCAGAGAGACUCGGCAUGCAACUGGCAGACUUUGUCGCCAUCACCGGCGAGACUUUUUACCCUGCUUGGUUCGCCGAAUUGGUCAUGGGUCUAUCUAAGAGCAAGCUGGAGAUUGAUACGGGUUGCCCUUGGACCGCUGCUGAUCUCUGGGGCUAUGAUGCAGCUGCUCUGCUAGAUCCUCAGAAGGGACUUUCGAGAAUCAAGAAACAGCUGAUGCGACGAUCGGGACUCACAUUCCAGAAUAUUUUGGACUUGGUCAAGACGCAGUGUUUUGGCCAGCACCUGGUUAUCACCAAUGAAACAGGCUCUGAUGAGUUCACUAACUCCCUUGAAGAACUCCGUCUCCUGUCCAGCGCUGCUGAGCCGCCUUUCAAACCUCUCACUGAAGAACUUGCCUUCUCCAUGCAAUCUUUCAUGAGAGUCCAGGCCAAGCUUGGGUGGUCGGUCAAGCAAGUCGAUGCUGCAGUUGUCUGCCUUCGUAACGUUGAGAUGGCGACAAGUCCGCACGCCACACGUACAAGCAACAGCACUAACGUAGGUCCUUCAAGAGAGCUCAUAUCCAUUACACCAUUUGUUCUUAAGGGUCUCGCUGCCGUCGUGACACUUAGUGAGCUUAGUGACAUCGAACCUGCGGCAAUACUGGCCCUUUGGGGACCUAUUGACACAUACGGCGAGGAUUCACUCAUGCAUCGCAAGUUCCUUACUCCUGCAGCCGCAGAGGUAGACAAGUUGUUUGCUUCUCCCGUAGCUAAGUCAGGAACCCGGAGUAAACUUAGCGACUACUUCAAAUUGAGUCAGGGACCUAACAAAAAGCCCAUGGCUCUUCCCUUGAGUCUACACAAGGCCGGCAUUUGUGUGAGUCUUGACUGGCCCAUCGAGUUCUUUGAUGAUCUGCUAGCGGCUAGCGAGCAGAAAGACAAGGAUCUCGAUGUCAUUACAUUCUCAGCAUUAUAUCGACAUGUCUUGUUAUGCAGGAUACUAUCUAUACCUCCAACACAAUCCCGUGCUUUCUUCAGCCUGUUCUUUGUUACCGGAGGGAAAGCAGCCUUGGCUGAUCCUGGGUCUAUUGUGACUGUGAUCCAGCAAUGGAAAGCACUGUUUGAUGCUGGUUGGACAGUGCCCACUCUUUCAGCCGUGCUUUUGGCAUCCAAUGCCUCGCCCUCUGCACAAGUAGCGAUCACUGGUCUUCCAACAGCGGUAUCCAUUCUCGAAGGUGCGAAGAACAUUCGCAAAUCGGUGCCUUUCGUCUCAGCAUCAGGACAGACUGCAGUCAAUGGCACAUCAAACGGCAGUGAGGUAGCCACCGCCCUCAAUGUUGCCGAUUGUGCAGCUCGAACUUUUGAUUCAGCUACGGCUCCAACUGUAACUGAGUUCAUUGAAGGCACCAAAGCCCAAGUCAGGCGAGUUUCUAUUGGAGUCUUUGAUAAGUUCGACAAUCUCGCCAUCGCCGCUGCGGGACUCUCAUACAAAAUUACAUUUACUCCUGAGAUUGACCUCAAUGGUAAUGUUGUCGUUGAGUUGCAGUUGAUUGGUAUCUUGUCACAGGGCGAACUCGAGAAGUCUGAGUCGCUCGUCAUUAAAGACCUCCCAGUUGAUAAGACCACCGACAUCAAGAAUGCAAUCCUUGAGAUGGCGACUGAAGCAAUCCAAGUGCGAUCCAAAAUUGAAACACGCUUUGGUAGUGAAAAAUACGCAGUUAGCGAUCUAUCUAAGGAUUGGCCCGAAGUCAUAGCCAAGAAAGAGGAUGAAGGAGCGCUUCUUUCAGAAGUCGCAAUGCAAGUUCGUAAACGACGACAGGCAUUUGUGGAAUUGGCGGGCCCAACAAUUAUCCAAGAUCUACUAGAAGCAUUUAUACUCAAUGUUGUGAAAGAGCUUGUGCCAGAUCUGGAUGUGUCGCUUGUGGCUGUCAUCAUCUCACGCAUUGCACGUGUUACUUCGCCUUCCGACAAAAAUACGACUCAGUCUGUCAUGACAGCCAUGAAAUUGCUAAGCGAAUCUACUGAUAAGCCGAGUAACGAACCUCUGAAUGCCUAUUUCACACCCAACUCAACAGAUAUCUUCACCCUCCACUACACGGGAGCACUGACAAAUCAGCUCCCGACGCUAUUAGUCAACGGUAUAUCAAUAUCUUACAACCCCAAUUCCAAGUCUUUCAUGAGCACUCGUAUGAGAGGUGGUCAAGCAUAUUUGCUGGUGGCCAACUUCGCAGCGUCACAGCUCCAGUGGUCGACCCCAAAGAUUCUACCAACGGACAUGAACGAAAAGAUGAUGAUCUCAUCAGCCAUUACGGAGCGUGCUUCUGAGAUCAACGCUGCCAUUCUACGCGUUGUAAGCAUAUGUAGAGCCAUGUCACUAACUGCUGAAGAGCUCGGAUUCUUCUCCAAGAAUGGAUCAUCAUUGAGGCAAAUGCUAGCCCUUGACUUAAAUGCGCCAUCACUCAAGGAUCUUGUUCAGCUCAAUAGGUAUUGCAACCUAAGACGGAACACUUCUCCACCUACUACAGAGUCACAAGGCAACCCUCUCCUAAGCAUGUUGUCUUGGCUGAGCACUGAGAAGAGUGCAACCUUAGAUCAGAUUGCAUCUCACAUCAAUGCCGGCACCGGAUGGGAUAAAACAAGGAUUGCUGCAUGUCUGAGCGCCAAGGACCCUGACAUUAAGGAUACUGACAUGACUGUGAGGAUAUCUUCUCUGCGUGAUGUUGAUUCCAUCUACAGACUACAAGCAAUUAUGGAGGUGGAUGACAAUUUAGGCAGAGCGUCUGGUGGCUUGGCCUCGCAACCCAGUAUGGCAACACUUUUUACUCUUUCUCAGCCUCCAAAGUUGCUAUCAGCAAACGUCUCAAGUAUAGCACGCAGUCUUCAAACACGACUCAUGCCAGACCAGCGCGCGGAGACUGAUAAUCGGCUCAUGGAGAACCAGAGACGUGCAUUGGUUGCAUAUCUUCUUCAGCAACCAUAUGUUCGAAAGGAUCUCAAAAUUUGGGAUGCCGACGGCUUGUUUGAGCACUUCUUGAUCGAUGUCCAGAUGGGACCUAAAUUAUCCACUUCUCGUAUCAAGCAAGCUAUCUCAGUCAUUCAGCUGUUUGUCCAGCGAUGUCUACUUGGGAUGGAAAAGGGUGUACCCAAAACUUGUAUUGUACGAGCCAAGUGGGACUGGAUGCGUCAGUAUAGUCUCUGGGAAGCCAACCGCAAACUCUUCCUAUAUCCCGAAAACUGGUUAGACCCAGCUUUCAGAGACGACAAGAGUGAUCUAUUUGAGAAUUUCGAAGCCAGCCUGAUGCAGAAAAACCUCAGCAUCACGACCUUCGUGGAGGGUAUUCGUACGUAUGUUACUGGCCUCAAUGUGAUUUCCAACCUCGAGAUCGUUGCCUACGCUCACGAGCCGACAACCAAGGUUUCGGAUAGCUUCCAUAUAUUUGGACGUACACGUGCCGCGCCGCACCAAUUCUAUUACCGCAGUCUGAUUGUACAAUGGUCAGAUGGUGGACGAUUAUGGAAGCCUUGGUCUAAGAUCGAGAUUGAUAUCCCCUCUGUCGAGUCAGGUUGGGAUGGCUCACGUUUGAACAACUCGGGGGCUUAUCUACUGCCUGUCAUAGCUGGCGGAGGCCGCUUAUAUCUAUUUUUGCCUCAGGUCGUCCCUCGAACACUGGACAGAAAGCAAGACCCAAAUCAAAAGCUUGACAAGUUCGAAGAUUUACGUAAUACUGAAAUCAAGACGAUGGCUCCACGACGCAUCUGGGAAAUCACUAUGUCCUGGACUGAGCUGGUCAAUGGCUACUGGUCACCAAAGCGCAUGUCUCCUGGUAGUGUAACUAUCGAAUCUCCUAUGAUGCCAGAGGCGAGCAAGUUCCGUGUUGAUACAAUCCAGAGCUCGAAAACAGGGCCUGUAACUCUUCUUGUUAGCUAUACGAAUUCUGACGAUGGCCAUGCUACCGUGGUCGGCCAUUUCAUCUUCAUAUCUGACCAAAUCAGUGCUCUUGAUCUGACUACAGGUGAAUCUUCAAAGGCCGAUAAGGCCACAGACUACAGCAAUAUGUCCUUGCCAAAGCAGACAACCACCGUCGCCAAGACUCCUGAGAACGAGGGGACGUCGAAGCUGGCGUUGCUUGCUUGGGUCCCUACAGCACUUGAUGAACUUAACAGAAGUUCUAUAGACAAGAAGAGAAAGGUUCCUGAAGGACAGAAAGACGUCACGGAACUCACUUGGACUCUAGCCAUGGAUUCCAAGGAACAACGGCUCACUGGCCUAGCGGUGAGCGCAAAGCACUCCAACGGCACAAAUAGGACUUACUUCAACGUUCCAAGAGACGAGUUGCGCAACAUAUGGUGGACAGCCAAUAAUGUACGCGACAAGAUGGAUACCGUAGUAGUGGACCACAUCUCCGCUACUACUCUGAUGGAGGCGGCUGUGAACCCAACUAACCCGUUACAAAGCGUCUAUAACGAGCUUGUAUCCACGGCUUCAUCAGGUGGAUUGGAAGCCUUUGGUGCGUAUGACAACAGAGUCUGCCACGAACUAGGGCAGCCAAGUGCUCUAUACAACUGGGAGCUUGGUUUGCACGUUGUUAUGCUCGCUAUGGACCGGUUCCACGCCACUCAACAGUUUGAUGAAGCUCUCCAGGUAGCUCGACUUGUUUUUGAUCCAACCGUCGACGUCGACGUCGAGAGGUUGAUCAAGAGUCAUCCUGCCGGUUCGGCAUGGCGAUUUCCUCCAUUCCAGGACAUUGCCAGAAGGAUUGCGGCAAAUGAGAAACAGAGCAAAAUACCUCCAAGCUUUGAUACCAAUAGCGAGCUGCAGACGGCAAUUUUAGAACGCCGCUCCCAUGGAGCACUUGUCCAUGCGACUGCUCGAGGCCGACCCGAAGCAUACAUGAAAUGGAUCAUCAUGAAGUACGUCGAUAUCCUCGUUGCCAGCGGCGAUGUACACUUCCGCGUGGCUACGUUGGAGAGCCUACCUUUAGCAACUCAGCGUUAUAUCGAGGCCACGCAUGUCCUUGGGCCGGAACCUCCAAAGAUCAAUCGAUUCGAUGACAACAAGAGCACUGGUCGGAACUCAAGCUUUGAGCAACUUUCUUUUGGUCGUGAGCCGUGGACGUUUGAGAAGCUGUAUCGAGAGAACAUGAAAUUCGACAUCAACCUUCCGUUUUCGCCAGAGUUGGCUCUGAUCAAGGGUGCCCCUCAAAACGUGAAUAAAAACAAAACUAAGGAGAACGUUGUUGGAUUUCUGCGUACUCCAUACUUCGGAGUGCCACUAAACCCAAAGUUUAGACAGGUGCGCAGCGUUAUCGAACAGCGUCUUUUCAAUGUCCGGAACAGCCUAGAUAUCGAUGGUCGUCCCAUUACCUACGCUGUCAUUGAGCCGUCUAUCGAUCCAGGGGCACUUGUGGCAUUGAGUGCACAUGGGUUCGAUAACGCGAGCGCGGCAGCCAUGGUUAUGGGGGAUAGAGACAGUCCUCUACCUCGUCAACGCUUCGAUUUUCUACUCCAUCGUGCUCUAGAACUUUGCGGGGAGGUUCGAGCCCUGGGUGAGCGACUAGUCAGUGCCAUUGAAAAGAAGGAAUCGGAAGCAUUUAGUGUGUUGAGAGCGCAACAUGCUACCUCCAUUCAACGCAUGAUGCGAGGUAUCAAGGAGACGCACUUGACUGAGGCUCAGCAAACCAUAGAUUCGCUACAGCUCAAUCGUGAUUCGGCCGUGUCUCAGCUGGCCUACUAUCUAGCUUUGAUCGGAGAGCCAGAGUCGUUGAUUCCCAAGAUCAAAGACUCAUGGAAGGACCUGAAGCAGGACAUUGGCAAGCCAACACAGGAUGAUCUACGUAUGUCAGAGCAUGAGGAGUACGAAAUGGACAUGGCCACCGCGGCCAUGGUCUUGAAUGUUGUCUCAGCCGGUAUUGACGCACUUGUCGCGCCUUUCUGCAUGGUGCCAUCCGUGUCUAUCAAUGCUAUGCCAAUGGGUGUCGGAACUACUGUAGCAGCUGGUGGAGGUAGCAACAUCGCCACUUGCAUGCAGGCCGGAUCGGCGGCCAUCAAGAUGGCUUCUAUGGUGGUAGCGGAGCAGGGGGCUCAAGCUGGACGCAAGGCUCAGCUAACACGUCAACUCCAGGAUCGUCGCAUGCAGGCUAACAUGCGCGGUCGCGAGAUCAAGAGCAUUGACAAACAAAUUGAGAUCCAAAGCACGCGUGUCAAGGCGGCACAACAAGAGCUCCAGCUACAGGAAUCAGAGGUUGAGGAAUCAGCGCAGGUUGAGACUUGGUUACGAAACAAGUACACGAACGAACAGCUGUACGGCUGGGUUGAGAAGAGUCUUCGUAACCUCUACUUUCAAGCAUAUACUCUGGCCUUGAGCACCGCACGCAGUGCUGAGAGCGCUCUAUCUUUUGAGAACGGUUGCAAGCCAUCCAUUCUUCGGCCUGGCGGCUACUGGGACGCUUCUAGAGAUGGUCUGCUGUCUGCUGACCAUCUCUAUCUAGAUCUCAAGAGGCUUGAGGCAGCCCAUCGCGAUGGACGUCGACACGAUUAUGAGGUCACCAAGACCAUCUCGCUGCGUCAAGUUGACCCCAUGGCUCUCAUGCGUCUUCGUAUUUCCGGCAGCACGACUUUCUCGCUGAAUGAAAUGCUCUUUGAUAUGGACUUCCCAGGUCAUUACAUGCGUCGUAUCCGCUCUGUGGCUGUCACCAUCCCCGCUGUUGUCGGUCCUCACACCGGCGUCAACGCGACAUUGACUCUGCAACAGCACAAGUACCGCGUGCUGCAAACAGCAUCUACAGCCGAUGAAUAUGCCUCAUCGUGGUCUAGCAUCUCUGUCGGCAACGACGAAGCCUUCCGCACUGACCGCGUACCCAUUUCCGCCGUGGCCAUCAGCUCGGGCGCACAUGACACUGGUGUCUUUGAACUCAACUUUGCCGGGGAUCGUUACCUGCCAUUUGAAGGAGCUGGCGUAGUCUCUUCCUGGAGGAUUGACUUACCUACCAAGGUGCGCCGCUUUGACUAUGACAGUAUCGCGGAUGUGCAGUUGCAUUUGCAAUACACAUCUCUUGAGGGUGGCGCUUGUCUCCGAGGCGCCGCUAACGGUGCCGUUGAGAAUGCACUCAAAGCUGUUGAUAACUCCAGUGCUAACCGUGACAACGGACUAUGGUUUAUGUGCAGUUUGAAGAAUGACUUUGUUAACGAAUGGUACGGGUUCAAUAGCCAACUGGCAGCGGCCAAAAAGGAUAAAGCUGCAGGAGCGGGUGACCGAGUUAUAACGAUGAAAUUGGGCGACCUCUAUGAACGACUUCCAUUCUGGGCUCGGGAUCGUGGUACUGCUGAUGCUAAGGGCAUCACAUUGGUGUCUAAGAGUACGGGACUGGUCAACGCGAUGACCGUGUCAGUGGCUAAGGGCAAGUGGGAUUCACAAUCAAUUUCAGGCUGGCAGGUUCGAUCACAGAACAAGCUUCAGAAACCUGAAUGGAAGGGAUGGGAGUUUAGUGUGACGGCCAAGAACCUCAAAGAGAGUGAUAAGAUUGAAGAUGUCUACAUGUUGGUCCGCUAUGGCAAGAUAUCGACAAAAUAG